UACCUCGUUUAGUUUUAAUCAGUCAGUGGAACGAAAUGGGUCACCUGCAGCUGGAUUUCCAUGCCAUUCCCAAGCUACAUGGUCGGGAGAACUACUGGCAGUGGCGCAUCCUCCUGAAGACCUAUCUGGAGGCCAACGAUCUGUGGAAGCACAACGAACCCAAGGAGAGCCCAGAAACUAAGUUCCUGAUUUUGGCCAGCAUUACGGCCGAUAAGAUUGAGCCAUCCUACGAUGACCAAAGCUGUUCGUACAUAUUCCAGAAUAUGGAGAGCCGUUUUGGGCCUUUCAGUUAGAAUUUUAAUUGGUAAUGUUGUGGGCCAACUGUGUAUGCUCUAAAUAUAUUUGUCUAUCGAUCAUUGA